AUACAUGACCACUUGUCGUUGGUUACAUGGCUGCAACACCGUUCUUAAACAGUAAAGAUGCGGUUAAAAUGCGGUUGACUCGAGGACUCGUUGCUAUUUCUUCACCGACAAAUAUCUUUUGGAGCACUUUCUUUUUUUUUGUAUUUUUACAUAGAUUUAGAACAUAGAUUGACAUAGAUUUAGAACAUAGAACAUGUUGUUGUAAUUAACUUAUAUGCCAAUUGUUGAAAGUGAAAUGUUUGUAACAUUUUAACAAGUAGCUCUCCGGAAUGCUAUUGAUGAUGUUAAAGAAUUAAUCAAAUGGUAAUUUGUAGCUCGCUACUAUAAUAAUCAAAUAACCGCAAGCGAUAGGUAACGUUAAUAGAAAAGGUCGCAUUUACAUUUACAAUUAGCCUUACUGUCCCCAAAAUUUGAGAUAAAACAACUCAACUAAAACAGCAAGCUAAGCGACUGAUAAGGGUAUGACCGCAUAAUUUUGCCUACGUUAUCACACUUUUUGAGACCGCAUCCGAACCGACCGUUCUAUGCAUGCGAAUAGCACAGAUCACUAAACAGAUAACCAACUAAAAACGCGGAACUAUAAAAGGAAGCUACAUACGCCGCUGCUUGCUCAGUAUCAUUCCUCAAAAUCAUUCUAGUAAUUGGUUCUAGCUCUGACCAUGGGCGUUAAUAAAGUGUUCUUGUGCUUUGUGGUAGUUUUGUUUUCUGCACCGAAAGUGUGCGGCGUCGAGCAAAAUGGCACAAAUUCUUCCCUCACCGGGUAUGGGUAUGAAAUCAUUACGGCCAAGUUGGAAUACCUCCAGUACAAGCUGAUGGAGAUGGAUUUCACCAUGAAGGAAGAUCGAGAGACGAUCGAACAGAAGCUGUCGGAGCAAAAGACUCUCUCCGAAGGGCUACUGUGGGCCAUCAACCAGCUCAGUCAAACGAUCGGCCACAAUCUGACCGUACUGCAAACGCAGUCUAAUACAGUGCUCUCCCAGCAGACUGCCUGCGCCAACCAUGAACUGAUGCGAAAGCAUAUCCAAAUGUUAGUUGCAAAGGAAGAUCGCGCCCUGCUCAGGGACUAUUCAGACACUACCGAGACGAAAAGCCCCAUCAGUUCGUGCAAGGGCGUAACGGGAAAGCACUUAAUACAACCUACCGCGAACGAUGAACCCUUCCUGGCACUUUGCGAAGAGACCAGUUUCGGCGGAGGUUGGUUAGUGGUUCAGUAUCGUUUUAAUGGUUCGGUGGACUUUUACCGCAAUGGGGAAGCGUAUCAGAACGGUUUCGGAAGCGUCGAUGGAGAGUUUUGGCUCGGGCUGGAACACUUGCAUCAGAUUACGUCGGCACGAAAGCAUGAGCUGCUGGUGGAGCUGAAAGAUUUCAAUGGAAACUACGUGUACGCACGGUAUAGUGAGUUCGAGAUUGGCAGUGAGGAGGAGAAAUAUGAGUUAAAAAAGCUGGGAUCGUACACAGGAACGGCAGGUGACUCAUUGACGUACCAUAAGGGUAUGAAGUUUACAACCAAAGAUCGAGACAAUGAUAAAAGUGGAAGCACAAACUGUGCUGUGAAUUAUGAGGGAGCAUGGUGGUACAAGGAAUGCCACCAUGUCAAUCUUAAUGGACGUUACAAGAAUACUGAGGAUGCAAAAGCUAUGGUAUGGUACCACUACAAAUCGGCUCAUACUGGUAUGGCAUACUCAAGAAUGUUGAUUCGUGAAGUUUGAUGCGUGAUCGCGUGAUGCGUGUAAUAUGAAUAAAUACAAUUUAAAAA